AUGGCGGGACCUGGGGGUUGGAGGGACAAGGAAGUCACGGAUCUGGGCCACUUGCCGGAUCCAACUGGGAUAUUCUCACUGGAUAAAACCAUUGGCUUUGGUACUUAUGGCAGGAUCUAUCUGGGACUCCAUGAAAAAACUGGUGCAUUUACAGCUGUUAAAGUGAUGAAUGCUCGUAAGACCGCUUUACCUGAAAUAGGAAGACGAGUGAGAGUGAAUAAAUAUCAAAAGUCUGUUGGAUGGAGAUACAGCGAUGAGGAAGAGGAUCUUAGGACUGAACUCAACCUUUUAAAGAAGUACUCUUUCCACAAAAACAUUGUGUCCUUCUAUGGUGCUUUUUUCAAGCUGAGCCCCCCCGGCCAGAGGCACCAACUUUGGAUGGUGAUGGAGUUAUGUGCAGCAGGCUCAGUCACUGAUGUAGUAAGAAUGACCAGAAAUCAGAGUUUGAAAGAAGAUUGGAUUGCUUAUAUCUGCCGAGAAAUCCUUCAGGGCUUAGCUCAUCUUCAUGCACACCGUGUAAUUCACCGGGACAUCAAAGGUCAGAAUGUGUUACUGACUCAUAAUGCCGAAGUAAAACUUGUGGAUUUUGGAGUGAGUGCCCAGGUGAGCAGAACUAAUGGGAGGAGAAAUAGUUUCAUUGGGACACCAUACUGGAUGGCACCUGAGGUGAUUGACUGUGAUGAGGACCCAAGACGCUCCUAUGAUUACAGAAGUGAUGUGUGGUCCGUGGGAAUCACUGCUAUUGAAAUGGCUGAAGGGGCUCCUCCCCUGUGUAACCUUCAGCCCCUGGAAGCCCUCUUUGUUAUUUUGCGGGAAUCGGCCCCCAAAGUCAAAUCCAGUGGAUGGUCUCGUAAGUUCCACAAUUUCAUGGAAAAGUGCAUGAUAAAAAAUUUCCUAUUUCGUCCUACUUCUGCAAACAUGCUUCAUCACCCUUUUGUUCAGAAUAUAAAAAAUGAAGGACAUGUUGUUGAGUCAUUAAAGAAGCAUCUUACUGGAAUCAUUAAAAAGAGACAGAAAAAAGGAAUACCUCUGAUAUUUGAAAGAGAAGAAGCUAUUAAGGAGCAGUACACCAUGAGAAGAUUCAGAGGACCUUCUUGUACUCAUGAGCUUCUGAGACUGCCAACUAGCAGUAGAUGCAGACCACUUAGAGUUCUGCAUGGAGAACCCUCUCAGCCAAGGUGGUUGCCUGAUCGAGAAGAGCCACAGGUCCAGGCACUUCAGCAUCUACAGGGAGCAGCCAGGGUGUUCAUGCCACUACGAGCUCAGGACAAUGCACCUAGGCUUCUACAGGGGCAAGCCCAGGCACCUCAGCGACUACAAGGGGCAGCUCGUGUGUUUAAGCCACUACAGGCUCAGGUUAAGGCGAAGGCAUCUAGGCCCCUACAGAUGCAGGUUAAGGCACCUCCAAGACUAUGGAGGGCAGCCUGGAUGCUCAUGCCACUACAGGCUCAGGUUAAGACACCUAGGCCUCUACAGCUACAAGCCCAGGUACCAAAAGAACAGCAGGCUCAGGCCCAGCCCCAGGCAUCAGAAGAGCCACAGGAUCUGGACCAGGUACCAGAGGAAUUUCAGGGUCAAGAUCAAGUACCAGAACAACAACAAAGGCAGGGUCAGGCCCCUGAACAACACCGGGGGCAGAACCAGUUACCUGAACAACAGCUGGAGCAGAACCAGGUACCUGAACAGCCAGAGGUACAGGAACAGGCUGUUGAGCCCACACAGGCAGAGACUGAGGCAGAGGAACCUGAGUCAUUACGAGUACAUGCCCAGGUAUUCCUGCCCCUACUGUCACAGAACCACCAUGUGCUGUUGCCACUACAUUUGGAUACUCAAGUGCUCAUUCCAGUAGAGGGGCAAACUGAAGGGUCACCUCAGGCACACAUCUGGGCACUAGAGCCCCCACAGGCAGUUGGCUCAGUUCAAGAACUGAUAGAGGGACUAUCAAGAGACUUACUUCGAGCACCAAACUCACAUAACUCAAAGCCACUUGGUCCACUGCAAACCUUGAUGGAAAGUCUGUCUUCAAACAUGUUUUACUCUCAACCAGAACAGGCAGGGAAGAAAAAAUCAAAAGUUUCUAGUCUAAGGCAGGCAUUGGCAAAAAGACUAUCACCAAAGAAGUUCCGGGCAAAGCUAUCACAGAGACCUGAAGAGUUUGAGAUCUCAGAUUUAGAAGCCUGCAGGAGAAGGUGCCAGCGCAGAUGGGAAGAUAUCUUUAAUCAGCACGAGGAAGAAUUGAGACAAGUUGCAAAUGACAAAGAAGAUGAAUCAUCAGACAAUGAUGAAGUAUUUCAUUCAAUUCAGGCUGAAGUUCAAAUAGAACCAUUGCAGCCAUAUGUUCCAAAUCCUAAAGGAAAUGAAGUCCAAGAGAGAUCUACUUCAGUGCCUUACAAUCAAGAUUGUGCACACUAUGUCAAGUUCUCUUCAAGUGUUCCUCAGCGGUCUGUUUUGGAACAAGCUCAGAAGCCCAUUGACAUCAGACAAAGGAGUUCACAAAAUCCUCAAAAUUGCCCAGCAGUAUCAGAAUCUUCUUCUGAGGAAGAGAGUCCUGUAACCUGGAGGAGGUCCCAGUCAUCACCGCCUUAUUCUACUAUUGAUCAGAAGUUGCUGGUUGAUGUUCAUGUUCCAGAUGGAUUUAAAGUAGGAAAAAUAUCACCCCCUGUUUACUUGACAAAUGAAUGGGUAGGCUCUAAUGCACUCUCUGAAAUCUUCCGGAAUGAUUGGUUAACUCCUGCACCUGUCAUUCAGCCACCUGAAGAGGAUGGUGAUUAUGUUGAACUCUAUGAUACUGGUGCUGAUACUUAUGGUGAUGAUGAUGAUUCUAAUGAUGCUUAUGAAGAUACCUAUGACCAUGACAAUGGCAAUGAUGGCUUGGAUAACCAGGUUGGUCAGGUUAAUGAUAUUGGUGAAGACCAUGAUGAUAAUGACAAUGAUGAAGCUAUUGAUGACAAAGACAAUAAUCAUGAUGAUGCUCCGUGUUGGCCAAGACCAAGCUAUGGCGAUGGAAGCUACAAGCAAGAUGGUAGAGAUGGAAAUGAUGGUGGAGAAGGGACAUGCAACAGCUAUGGCAGUCAGAGAGUCAGUAGAAGCCAUGGAGGAAGUGUAGCCAGUGGGGGCAGUGCGGCCAUUGGAGACCAUGAAGAACAUGGAGCCAAUAUAGGCAAUGGAAGAAAAGUCAAGGUAAAUGGAGGUAAGGGAGUCAGUGGAACCAAUGAAGAAAGUGGAGCCUUUGAACUCAGUGAAGGAGAAAAUUACUCAGAGACAGCAGAGACAGAUGGUCAAGGAUUGGAGAGACUGACAUCCCAGGACUUUGAACAUCAACAGGAGGAGCCAGGUGGUAGAAGUGAGGCCUCAAAUGCCAUUGCCUCAGAUGCUGCACCAGCAGCACCUGAUGACAAGAAUGACAGCAUGGAUAUAUUGGAAGCGUCAACACAAUCAGGUUUUUUUGCCAGCCACUCAUCUCCUUCUAAUAGUUCUGGGAGGACUGCAAAUGCUGACUUUGCCAGUGCCAUCUUGUAUGCUGGGUUAGUGGAAGCACCUGAGAAAUCACCUAAGCCACCAUCUGAAGUCAACGUUAACCCACUAUAUGUGUCUCCUGCAUGUAAAAAACCACUAAUCCACAUGUAUGAAAAGGAAUUCACUUCUGAGAUCUGCUGUGGUUCUUUGUGGGGAGUGAAUUUGCUGUUGGGAACUCGAUCUAAUCUGUAUCUGAUGGACAGAAGUGGAAAGGCAGACAUUACUAAACUCAUAAAGCGAAGACCAUUCCGUCAGAUUCAAGUUGUAGAGCCACUCAAUUUGCUGAUUACCAUCUCCGGCCAUAAGAACAGACUUAGGGUGUAUCAUUUGACCUGGCUGAGGAACAAGAUUUUGAAUGAUGAUCCUGAUAGUAAAAGAAGACAAGAGGAGAUGCUAAAGACAGAAGAAGCCUGCAAAGCUAUUGAUAAACUGACAGGUUGUGAACACUUCAGUGUCCUCCAACAUGAAGAAACAACAUAUAUUGCAAUUGCUUUGAAGUCAUCAAUUCACCUUUAUGCAUGGGCACCAAAGUCCUUCGAUGAAAGUACUGCUAUUAAAGUAAUAUGCAUUGAUCAAUCAGCAGACUCCGAAGGAGACUACAUGUCCUAUGAAGCCUAUAUACGAAUACUGGCAAAAAUACAGGCAGCUGAUCCAGCAAACCGGUUUAAGAGACCAGAUGAGCUCCUUCAUCUGCUGAAACUCAAGGUGUUUCCAACAGUUGGUCAUAAGCCAGUGACAGUUGACCUGGCUAUUGGUUCUGAAAAAAGACUAAAGAUUUUCUUCAGCUCAGCAGAUGGAUAUCACAUCAUUGAUGCAGAAUCUGAGGUUAUGUCUGAUGUGACUCUGCCAAAUAACCCCCUGGAAAUCAUUAUACCACAGAAUAUCAUCAUUUUACCUGAUUCCUUGGGAAUUGGCAUGAUGCUCACUUUCAAUGCUGAAGCCCUUUCUAUGGAAGCAAAUGAACAACUCUUCAAGAAGAUUCUUGAGGUGUGGAAAAACAUACCAUCUUCAGUAGCUUUUGAGUGUACACAGCGAACCACAGGAUGGGGCCAAAAGGCCAUUGAAGUCCGCUCUUUGCAAUCAAGGGUUCUGGAAAGUGAACUGAAGCGCAGGUCAAUUAAGAAGCUGAGAUUUCUGUGUACCCGAGGUGACAAGCUAUUUUUUACCUCUACCCUGCGCAAUCGCCACAGCCGGGUUUAUUUCAUGACCCUUGGAAAACUUGAAGAGCUCCAAAGCAUUUAUGAUGUUUAA